UUCUGACGACAUGAAAGGGGGAACAGAAGGAGAAUGGGCUCGGAAAGGAGGAGUGAAGCAGAGGAUUAAAGAGGCGAGCAGUCAGUAAAGAGAAAGCCACUGGUCAGGUCCUGAAUUCUUGAGCGAAGGGACUAAUCGAAGCUGUCCUUCCUCAUCAUCUCCAUCCAGAGCUCCGGUCAUCUGCUCGAGGUUUCCACACUGCUGUCCACUGAGUCAAAAUGGGAGUCUAUGGAGCGGCCAUCAUCUUCCUCCUCCUCCCCCUUGUGGCAAAAAUGUCAGAAAUUCCUCCUGGCUGCAAAAUCCGGAUCACGUCUAAAGGCCUGGAGAUGUUGAAGCAUGAGACACAGAAGUUUGUGGAGGAAGAGCUGGGACACAUCACCAUGCCAGAGAUGCACGGCAAAGAGGGACGCUUCCAGUAUUCCAUUACAAAUGUGAAGAUUACAGAACUAAACUUGACAGCUGCUUUAGGGUUCCAGCCCACAUCCGGACUGCUCUUUGAGGUGCACAACUCAUCCAUCACCGUAAACUUCCAGAGACGCAUCCUCUACUGGUUCUUCAUUGAUGAGGGUCCCAUUAAUGCCUCUGCAGAAGGCGUGAACAUCCACACUGCUCUGGAGCUCGCCAAAGACGAGCUGGGUCGUCUAAAGAUCGCCAACGCCAGCUGUGAUGCUUCCAUUGCCAAGAUGAGGGCCAAGUUUGGCGGGACUCUUGGGAGGGUUUAUGACUUCAUCGCAACUUUCCUGACCACGGGGAUGCGCUUCCUCCUAAAUCAGCAGAUCUGCCCUGCGCUGAAUCACGCUGCGCUUGUGCUAGUCAACCAACUACUGGAGACAAUUCCAGUGCGUGCGGAGGUGGAUAGCUAUGUGGGCAUUGAUUAUUCACUCUUGAGCGACCCUGUGGUUACUGGCAGCAGUCUUGAUAUGGAUUUCAGGGGCAUGUUCUACAAUUUGCACAAUCUGAACGAUACUCUGACAAACUACGCUGGGAAUCCUGUAGUGAGAGAGUACGACCGUAUGAUCUAUCUGGCUCUCUCUGAAUAUUUCUUCGACAGUGCACUCUACUCAUAUUUCAAAGGAGGGGUGUUCACGAUGCACAUAGCAAACGACAGAAUGCCCAAAGACCUGGAGAUGCUUCUCAGGACCACCUACUUUGGAGCCAUCAUGAUGUUGAACCCAGCUCUCAUGGAGGCUCCAAUCUCACUGGAGCUGGAGGUCACCUCCGCCCCGACCUCUACCAUCAAGACCUCAGGAGCCAGUGUACUUGUUCACUCUGGGGUCAGAGUGCUGGCUCUUCCUCCAGGAAAGCCACCCAUUCAGCUCAGUAGUAUGACUAUGGAGUCUAAAUUCAAUGCCAAGGUUUCCAUGAAGGGGAAGAGACUGGCCAUUUAUCUAGAUCUGAGAAGGUUUAAAAUCUUCUCAAACCAGUCUGCUCUAGAAUCAUUAGCGCUGAUUCCACUCCAAGCUCCACUGAAGACUAUGCUGCAAAUCACUGUGGUUCCUCUCAUCAACAAUUAUACUAAGAGAGGUGUGCGGAUCCCUCUGCCUGACGGGAUUGACUUCAUCGAGGAGGUGGUGGAGUACCACAAUGGCUACAUCAUCGUAGGAGCCAACCUGCAUUUCACCAGCGGUCUGAGGGAGCUGAUUGCAAAGAAGAUGUCUGGAGAAAGUGAAGCUGAGGAGCAGUAAUGAAUGUUUCACCAUCCUUUUUUAAAUGAUCUGUUUUCUAUAUUCACUGAUUAUAAUAGAUGCUUAACACUACAGGCAAUGACGCCAUCAGAUACUGCAGACUGUGCCAAAUAACACUAGAAAUGUUGUAUUAUUGUACUACAUUUAUCCUUCAAUUGUAUGUGCACAUGCUUUCUGAUAGGAUGUAUUACUACUGUACUCAUCACGCGAACAUCUGCAGAAAAAAACAUUAAAUAUCAUUAAAAAGUUACUUUAUUUCAGUAAUUCAAGAAUUAAAAAAAAAAGAAUUUAAAAAAAAGUUCAAAAUGUGAAACUCCUAUUAUAUUUUGGCUUACAGCCAAUGAAAACCUUAAAAUCAGGGUCUCACAAAAUUUGAAUAUUAUAUAAGACCAAUUUGUAGUUCUGGCAGUGUGGGCAGUGUGCCAAGUCCUGCUGGAAAAUGAAAUCCGCAUUUCCAUAAAAGUUGUCAGCAGAGGAAAGCAUGAUUUUCCGGGAAAACACUGCACUGACAUUGGACUUGAUAUACACAGUUAAAAUAGAUCUCUCUGUGUGUAAUACAUCUACAUAAUAUAUGAGUUUUACAUUUUGAACAGAAUUACUGAAAUAAAGUAACUUUUCAAUGAUAUAUAUAUUUUUUUUUUCUGUAGAUGCACCUGUAUUCUUGCUGGUUAAGAAGGACUGAGAUUGAUUAUAUUAGAAUUCAGUAGCUUGUGCAAAAGAUAUACUGAAUGUUUUGUUAUUUUUUGUACUUUUUAUAAUCUAUAUCUGAUUUUACACAUUUCUAUCCUUGAUUGAUUUUGCUUUAAGGGUUAACAGUCUGAGAAAAGUGUAAGUAUGUAUCUAUAGAGUAAAUGUAUGGUUUAAAUAAAAACUAAAACUUGAUCCGCUCACACUACA